CUUGAUCUGGCAUAGUGUUUAAUUGCAGAGACUCUUACGUUCAGAUAUAUAUACAAAAGAUGGCCAACAAAUCGCAGAUUCCGCUACCAUCCGAAGAUCUCGACUGGAUACAGUUACGUCAGGACUUGGGCCCAGUUGUUGAAGUUGAAACGACAAAGGAACGAUUUGUGCGUAAAGUCAAGGAAAAUCCAUUGGUGCCCAUUGGCUGUCUGGCGACCACAGCCGCUCUGACCGCUGGCCUCUACAACUUUCGCACCGGCAAUCGCAAAAUGUCGCAGUUUAUGAUGCGCACCCGUAUCGCCGCCCAAGGAUUCACAGUUCUGGCUCUGAUCGUCGGCGUAGUGAUGACCUAUGGCGAGAAGAAAUAAUUAUGAUAUUGCCCCGCUAGUUACUUACUUUUAAAAUGUACAUACGUAUAUGUAGUAUAAAUUAAACGAUUAUACUAUAGUUCACAUACA